UUCUUUUCUCUUUUCUCCUUUAUUUUUUUGCACUCAACUCUAUUGCUUUUCUUUUUUUUUUCGAAGGACCAUCAAGAAACCUUGAACUUCAAGGCUGUAGAAAAGAAGGAAUGAAUUUCACCCUAGUGUAGGAUCUUCUAUAAACUGUCUAAGCACAUGCUGUAGCAGAAGUGCAGCUUCGUGAUGAUCAAUAUACCCUUGACCACAUGCGUGCUUUUGGCAUGUAUAAUUAUCUUCACCUUGAUUCCUGGCACCAGGAUAAUGUCUACUAUGUUGAUCAGUUUGGAAGGGUUAUGAAUCUGUCAGUGACUCUGGACACUGCUCUACAAAAACCAAGAGAAGUUUUCAGGCUACCUACAGACUUGACUGCGUGUGAUAAUCGCCUUUGUGCCUCAAUGCAUUUCUCAUCCUCCACGUGGGUUACCCUUUCUGAUGGUACAGGAAGACUGUAUUUAAUUAAAUCAGGCAAGCGUGGAAACAGUGCAUCUGAAAAGUGGGAGAUUGUGUUUAAUGAAGAACUAGGAAGUCCCUUUAUUGUAGCACACAGUAUUUCAUUUAUAAAAUCUGAUGCACAUUCACUAGCUGUGCUGCUGCUUAGGGUUGAAAAAGAUGACCUGGAUACAAAAGGAAGUGGAUUUCAUGUUACCUUGGAAUGGGUUACAGUUGCAGAAAGAAAAGAGGGUGAUCAUACAUACGAAAUCAUUAAAAGGAGAGUUUUGCAAGGAAAAUCAGUCCCCCAUUAUGCAGCAAUAGAGCCAAGUGGUGAUGGUCUAAUGAUUGUUUCCCACAAACCAUUCACAUUUAUGCAAAGUGAAAGUGACAAAUUAGAAGAAAAUGAUGAUGCAAAAGUAUCAAAUGAAAGGAAAGACCCUCUCUACUACUGGCAGCAGACUGAAGAUGAUCUGACUAUAACAAUUCACCUGCCUCAAGACAUCACAAAAGAUGACAUAAAAAUACGUUUUUCCCCUGAUAAUAUAUGUGUUACACUAAAAGACCAGCCUCCUUUGAUGGAAGGAAAGCUCUAUUCAUCUGUGGACCAUGAAAGCUGCACGUGGGUAAUUAAAGAGGACAAAAGCUUGGAAAUUUCUCUGAUUAAGAAAAAUGAGGGAUUCCGGUGGCCAGAGCUAAUUAUUGGUGACACAAGAGGGGAAUUCAUUAUGGACCCUUCCCAAUGCUCUGAAAUAGCUGAAAGCCUGAUGCAUCUUACUUCUGAAGUAAUGAAUCCAAACCCCGAAAAGGAAAACCCACCUUGUAAUGCUCAAGAGUUAGAAGAAUGUGAUGCUUUUCUUGAAGACGGUGCAAGCUUGUGCAGAUUUGAUGGCAAUACCUUGAAAGUCACUCAUAUAAUUAAUCUUGGAAGCAACCAGUAUCUUUUCUCAGUUGUUGUGAAUCCCAAAGAAAUGCCAUGCUUCUGCCUGAGGCAUGAUGUUGAUGCUCUUCUCUGGCAGCCUCACUCUGACCAACCAGAGAAUAUGUGGGAACACAUUGCAACUUUCAAUGCUUUAGGUUAUGUCCAAGCAUCAAAGCAAGACAAGAAGUUCAUGGCUUGUGCUCCAGAUUACUCCUACGCUGCUCUCUGCGAGUGCUUGCGACGAGUUUUCAUCUAUCGCCAGCCGACUCCUCUGGCCACAGUUCUGUACAACAGGAAGGAAGGGAGACAAGUAGGACAGGUUGCUAAGCAGCUGGUAGCAACCCUGGAAUCCAAUGAUCCUAUCUUAGGCUUUCAAGCUACAAGUGAGAGAUUAUUUGUUCUCACAACAAAAACCUUGUUUUUAAUAAAGGUGAACUCUGGAAAUUAAUUAUUCAGUGUGCUCUGCUGUAGUUUGUGUUAACAAUUUGUUAUAGAAGUGAAUGGGUAGGCAGUCUGGCAAGUUCAGUACAAUUUGCUGAAAAUCAAAAAGGGGAUGUUUUAUAGGGGAAUCAAAUUUCUUCAUUAGAAUUUUUCUGUAAGAAAGUGAGUUUUGACUUUGCUGCUAUGGAAGUAAGCUUUUUCACAGCUAUGGGAAAAUGUCUUCUGCAUUAACAUCUUUGUCAAAGUAUUGUCAAAUGCUGCUAUUACAUAGGUGAAUAGAUUUAUGCAUUGCUUUUUCCAAGUGACUUUGCUGUACUUCUGAGUUUUGAGAAUUCACUACUGUUUCCACUGUUAACCUAUGGAAAAAGUAGUCACAUAAAGAGUUACGAUGUGGAAAGUAGAAUGUAUCAUAAAGAAAACAAAUCUCCAGUUGACCAAAAAACUGAUUUGGUAUUUUGACAUUCAGUAGUUUUGAGUGAAAUGUGAGUGAAAUGAAUGGGGUAUUAUGUUUCUUAUACAGGUAAUUAAAUGGAGCAAUUUUACUGUAUAUGC